AUGCUCUUCCAGGGGGCGCAGAAGCUGUUCGGCAUGCUCAUCACGAUGGGCGAGGCGGUGGCCUACGUCGUCAGCGGGAUGUACGGCGACGUGAAGGACCUGGGCGCCGGCAACGCGAUCCUCAUCAUCAUGCAGCUGUUCGCCGCGGGGGUCAUCGUGAUCGUCCUGGACGAGCUGCUGCAGAAGGGCUAUGGGCUCGGCUCCGGCAUCUCCCUCUUCAUCGCCACGAACAUCUGCGAGAGCAUCGUGUGGAAGGCGUUCAGCCCCACCACCAUGAACACGGGCGCGGGCACGCAGUUCGAGGGUGCCGUCAUCGCCCUCUUCCACAUGCUCGUGAUGCAGAGCGACAAGAUCGGCGCGCUGAAGAUGGCCACCGCUUUGUCCACGGUCCGAAACGGGUCUUUUCGCAGUUUGCUGUUGUCCGGUUCUCUGUUGCAUUUUGUUGGCUCAAGUUCGGCUACAGUGUUCUUGUACACCAAGUUGAGCCAAGGGGCUGCGUCGUGCGUGUCGCUGCCACCUCGAUUUGGAGCCAUGGCGAUGGUAUUCCCCGCAAACCAAGCUAUCGUCGUCGGCGGAGGUUUGGCAGGCGUGUCCGCAGCUAACACGGUUCUCGAGUGCGGGGGCAAGGUCGUUUUGGUAGACAAGUCUUCUUUCUGCGGCGGCAAUUCGACAAAGGCAACCAGUGGCAUCAAUGGUGCGGAGACGAAGACGCAGAAGGCGAAGGGCAUCCAAGAUUCCCGCGACCUCUUCACCAACGACACCUUGAAGGGUGGGGCCAAGCGUCCAGAGCUCGCCAAGAUCCUUUGCUGGAACAGUGGCGCUGACGUGGAUUGGCUCGUCGACAAAUUCGACCUGGACCUGUCCCUCGUGGCGCGCCUCGGUGGUCAUUCGGCGCCGCGCACUCACCGUGGUGCUGAGCGCUUCCCCGGCAUGACCAUCACCUACGCCUUGAUUCAGAUGCUUGAAAAGGUUGCAGAGAAGACAGACCGUGCCCGCAUCAUUACCAAAGCUUGCGCCCAUAAGCUGUUGACCAACACGUCGGGGGGCAAGCUUUCCGUAGUGGGCUUGAUCUACUCCAAGAAUGGUGAGGACUUCAAGGAGUUCGGCCCCGUGAUCCUGGCCAGCGGCGGCUUCGGCGCCGACUUCACCACGAACUCGCUGCUGGCGCAGUACCGCCCCGACCUCCUCCACUUGCCUACCACCAACGGCGAGCACUGCACCGGCGACGGUAUCAAGAUGGGCGAGGCGAUCGGCGCACGGACCAUCGACCUGGAAUGGGUGCAGGUGCACCCGACUGGACUGGUGAAGCCCGACGAUCCCGAUGCAAAGAUCAAGUUCUUGGCUGCAGAGGCUCUGCGCGGCGUGGGCGGGCUCGUGUUCGACGCCAACGGCAAGCGCUUCGCGAACGAGCUGGGCCGCCGCGAUUACGUCACUGGCGAGAUGUGGAAGAACAAGCCGCCGUUCCGCCUCUGCCUGAACAAGGCGGCCUCCGACGAGAUCAGCUGGCACUGCAAGCAUUACACUGGCCGCGGCGUCAUGAAGUUCUACGAGAACGGCGAGGCCCUCGCCAAGGACAUGGGGAUCCCUGUGUCUGUGCUCGAGGAGACCACUGAACUGCACUACCAGGCUGCGAAGAAGACUGAGAAGGACCCGGACGGCGGCUCCUUCCCUGCCUACCCGUCUGGCAAGUCUUGGGAUGAGCCCAGCGGCAAGACGGGCUCGGGCAAGAAGUUCUAUCACAACAUCAUUCCGGGAUCCGCCGUGAAGACCCAGCCGUUCUACGUCGCCAUCAUCACCCCCGUCAUCCACUACUGCAUGGGCGGCCUGGAGGUGGACGUCGACUCCGCGGUGCUGGACACGAAGACCGGCAAGGCCAUCCCGGGUCUCUAUGCCGCGGGCGAGGUGGCUGGCGGCAUCCAUGGCAACAACCGACUGGGCGGGAACUCCUUGUUGGACUGCGUCGUCUUCGGCCGCGUCGCCGCCAAGGCCGCGUGCAAGUACACGUUCGGCGCGGACAACAAGUACCGCCUGUGCCCCGUCCCGAAGGAGAUCAAGGAGCUCGCGUAGUGUGAGUGCGGCGUGCUGUGGGUGCCGCCUCUCUAUCCUCGGGGGUCUUACGUCCCCCUGAUCCGUGGCCCUCCUGCGCAAGUCGUGUCGGAGGGCAUCGGCUCCACGGGGAGCGCAGGCUCGUCGUCACGAUCACGCGUCAGCGGCAGGCUGCGAUGCUGCUCUGGCGCCGGCGGGGUGCCUGGCCCCGCGCGUCGCGGGCCGGGCCUCCUGCCCACCGCUCUCGCCUGGGAGCUUUUUGGCGCGCUCUUCGUUUUAAGUCGGCCCCGUCCUCUACAGGGGAAAUGUGCAAGAAUAGUCCCAAACUCGUCUGGGGACCACGUAUUUUUUUGUAUUUCCGAGCAUUCGGGGAGUAUUUUUUUGGAGUAUCUCUAAUUUGUCGCCAGAGAGUCCCCUGUGGGGGGACGGGCCCGACCCUACUCCAGAUUUCGUAAUACAAGGGAGGGGGCCUGGACCCUCCAACAUUCGGGGAGGCCUUUCUCGAGCAUCUCUAACUUUUCGUCAGAGAUCCCCCUGUGGGGGGACGGGCCCGACCCUACGCUUCGUUUGAACGGCCCGUCUUCGGCGCGGCGCCGGCCGCGCUCCGAGGGCCUGCGGUUGGCGCCCGCCGCAGGGCGCCGCUCGCGGGCGGCGCCCGCGGGCUCCGCUCGCGGGCGCCUCGCCGGCCAGGCCUCGCGGAGCGCACGGGGAGGGGGCGGUCGCCCUCGCCCCGCCAGUGGUGAGGCGGGCCUGUGCCCCUGCAGGGGGAGUAUAAUUCAAGAAGAGUCGACGAAAUGCUCUGGGGGCGAUUUUCUGGGCUGUACUUUGGCCUUUG